AUGUUUAAAAAUUCUAUUAAAAGAUUAUUUGAAUUAAAAGGUAAAAAUGCAAUAGUAACUGGUGGAACAAGAGGUAUUGGAUAUCAGAUUGCACUUGAUUUAGCCAAUAAAGGUGCAAAUGUUUUCGUUUGGAGUAGAAAUAAAGAAGUAAAUGAAAAAGCAGUUAAAUCAUUACCAAUAAUACAUAACGAUCAAAAACAUACAGGUAUAGUAUGUGAUCUUUCAAAAACCAAUAAAUUAGAUGAAACAAUAAAUGAAAUUAAAAAACAAGUUUCAUCAUUCAAUAAUGGUGAUAAUAAAAUUGGAAUUUUAGUACAUUCAGCUGGUAUUACACAUAGUGAAUUAUUAUUUAAAAAAUCAUCAAAUGAUAAUAAUAACUAUAAUAAUAACUAUAAUUCAAUAAAUGAUAAUAGUAAUGAAAUUAUGACAACAAAUUUAUUAUCACCAAUAUUAAUAACACAAUCAUUUUUAAAAGAUAUGAUGAGAUUAAAAUAUGGUCGUAUCAUAUUCAUUGGUAGUGUUGUCUCUGAAAUGGGUAAUAGAGGUCAAACAAUUUAUUCAAGUUCUAAAGGUGGUUUAAAUGGUUUUUCAAAAUCACUCUCCAAAGAGAUUGGUCAAUUCAAUUGUACUUCAAAUGUAAUUUCACCUGGUUUCAUUGAUACUGAUAUGUCACAACAAUAUAUAAAUAAUGAAUUAAUUAAUUCAAUACCAUUAAAAAGAAUUGGUAAUACAAAGGAUAUUUCAAAAACAGCAUUAUUUUUAAUCGAAUCAGACUAUAUUACUGGUCAAAAUAUUCGUGUUGAUGGUGGAUUAUAUUAA